AAAGUUGGGAGCUUUUGCGUUUGAGGCGGUGAGUGGGGCACACACACUAUGGGAGGAGGUGAUAUUACUUCUGCUAUGGAAGCGGUCAGCCAAACCGACGCCGCCGGAGAUGCCGUCACUGUCGAUAUCAGCUGUUCCCCCGCCUCCAAAUUCUCCGUUCAGAUCAAACUUGAUUCCACUGUCCUUUCUUUCAAGGCACUUCUGGCGCGCAACUGCGAUAUUCCCGCCGAUCAGCAGUGUUUGAUUUACAAGGGCCGAAUCUUGAAGGACGACCAAACACUUCAAAGCUACGGUUUGGAGGCAGAUCACACCGUCCGCUUGGUUCGUCGUUUUGCACCAACACCAUCACCAACAACAACCAAUGCAUCUGGGUCAAUCAGUUCUGGCGGUUCGAACACCUCUCAAACAAAUUCAAGGGGUGUCGGCUUAGAUGAUGGCGGGACAUUGGGACCAGGAGGAGCUGGUCAAAAGGUUUCAUUGUUUCCGGGACUUGGCUUUGGAGGCUUAGGUGGCAGUGCUGGUUUAUUUGGAGCUGGGCUCCCAGAUUUUGAACAAGUACACCGGAAAUUAACUCAAAACCGCGACAUUAUGACAGAACUUAUGAAUAUGCCUACUGUUCGGAAUUUAAUAAAUGAUCCUGAUAUGGUUGGAAACUUGAUCAUGAACAAUCCUCAACUUGCAGAGUUAAUCGACCGAAAUCCUGAACUUGCACACUUACUUAAUGAUCCAGCUGCUAUCCAUCGAACACUUGAAGCUGCAAGAAACCCUGAGCUCAUGCGUGAAAUAUUGAGGAAUUCAGAUAGAGCAAUGAGCAACAUAGUAUCAUUUCCGGAAGGAUUUAACACGCUUCACCGGAUUUAUGAAACUGUUCAAGAGCCUUUCAUGAAUUCAACCACCUUGGCUGGGCCUACUGGAAAUGGUGGUACAGACCCAUUUGCUGCCCUCCUAGGAUCUCAAGGAGGGAAUCAAGUCAGAGAUAGGUCAACUAACCAGUCCUCGCCGGCUUCUGGAACUACUGAUUCACCAGCUCCUAAUACAAAUCCACUACCAAACCCUUGGUCUUCUUCUGCGGGUGGAGGUGCCCAAACUAACACUACAAGGUCGGAUCAUAGUGCAGAUUCUAGGCCACAGGCACCUUCAGGGUUAGGUGGUCUUGGUCUUCCAUCGUUUGAAGGCUUGUUUGGUGCUAUGCAAGAUACUAAUUCACUGAAUCAGUUGAUGCAAAACCCUAUUAUUUCUCCAAUGAUGCAAAGCCUCCUGUCCAACCCCUCAAUACAUGAACCAGGCUCUUGCUCUUAGUCCUCAACUUCAAAGCUUGACUGGCUCUUCUCAACCAAGAGAAGUGAUGCAAAACUCGCAAUCUCUUCGUCAGUUGACUUUUCCUGCAUGAAAACACAUAGUAGUGUACUUCUAAUUGCCAACAAGCUGUUCAGCAUGAAAAACAACUAUUGACUUUGCAGCAGUCUCUUCUUUCACAGCUUAGUCGGCCGCAGUCAACCUGGGUGCCUGCUCACACGGGUGGUGGUGCAGGUACAGUUACAGGAACUGUCAACAACACGGGUUUGGAGGCACUGAGGACCAUGUUUUCAGGACUUGGAAUCAAUGUCAUCUCAUUCCUUCAUCAACAAUACGAGGGGGAACUGUCAACAACACGGGUUUGGAGGCACUGAGGACCAUGUUUGCAGGACUUGGAGCUGGCAGCUUGGCUGUUCCUAAUAGACCUGAUGGUUAGUGUCCGCAGUUCUUUUUGGGGGACCCAUUUACUUCUGCUUUCCUCCUCACCUCCUCACCAAUUGACAAUAUUCAUUCCAUCAUAUCAGUACCUCCAGAGGACCUAUCCGCCACUCAAUUGUUGCAACUUCAUGAAAUGGGUUUCGUUGACUAUCGAGAGAAUGUUCAUGCAUUGAUUGCGAUUUCAGGGAAUGUUCAUGCUGCAGUGGAGCGCUUACUGGGAAAUCAUGGCCAGUAAUAUGUGACCAUUAUGUAGUUUAUGUAGAGGUCUGUUGUUUUGAACAUGAGUAGAGGACGGACCAAAGAAGCAGGGCUUUAAAGAAGUGGUGUGUAGUCUCUUUGUUGAGAGGUCAGGGAAAAUGUGUUGUACAAUCUGGAUAUUAAGCUUGGUCUAAAUGAAU